AUGCUGGACGUGAAGCCCCCCACUGCCGCUGCCGCCGUCGCCAAGGCGGCGGCUGGUGACUCGCCUUCCCCUGCUGCUACUCCUGCUCCUGUGCCGGUGGUGACCAACAGCAAUGGUACGCCGCAGAAGCCACCUCCUAUUCCAGUCGCCACCUUCGACAUGCCCAAGCCAAACCUUCGGGGUCUUAACAAGCCCCGAUGCAUCCAGUGUGGUAACGUCGCCCGCUCCCGGUGUCCGUUCCAGUGCUGCAAGAGCUGCUGCUACAAGGCCCAGAAUCCUUGCCACAUCCACGUUCUGAAGCAGACCGACACAUUGCCAGAUAAGCCAUCACCUGCUACUGCUCCUGCAACAGAACAGCCAUCUACCAAUUUACCUGCAACCAGUUCAGCAUCAAGGCUGGCUGCCCUGCAAAAGCUUCCCCAGCAUUUUCUGAAGUCUCUCCAAACAAAGAAGUCACUUACCAAAAAGGAUGUUGUGGGUAUAAACAAGUGGAGGUUUAUGAAGCUAAAGGAACACAUGCAAGGAGAUAUCGAUGCUGAAAAUGAAGCAUAUGAGAGGUAUACACAGAAUGUUGGGUUACUGGAGGAAACAUUCUAUCCCAUGGAAGAUGCUGAUGUUGAGCCAGAAGCUGAAGCAACUUCUUCAGAAGAAGAAAGGACGGACUUGUUGGUUUCAGAGGCAAAGGUGAGGUUGAAGUCGGAUAACGAAACUGCUGAUAGCUUCAAGGAGAGGGUUGCCACCAUCUUGGACCAGAAGCUGAAGAAACUGCUUGAGAGUCAAAGCGCCAAUGAGGAUGACAAACCAUCUGAUCCAAAUGAGGAUGAUCAUCCAAGCCCAAUGAAGUUCAGCACAAAGAAGAAGAUGGAGAGAACCGCGAAACUGAACGAGCUGCUUGGUAAGCUGACAAGAGCGCGGAGCGAGGACGAUCUGAAGCCUUGCCGUGAUCUUGUUGAGCAGCCAAGCAUGUCAACGUCCGAAGCUGCAGCUGCUGCUGGUACUGAGGCAGCGGCUCCAGAAGUCAAUGAGGUUGACAACCACCUAAAGAGGAAAUCAUCUGAUAUAGGCUGGGAGUGGGGGCGUCUCUGUGAUCCCAAUGACAAGAACAGAGUCAAGUGUCUUUUUUGUGGCCAAGAGAGCACAGCAGGAAUUUAUCGCCUUAAGCAGCAUCUUGCUCAUGUUGGCACAUCUAUUGUGAAGUGCUCAAAAGUGAGUGAGGAAGUGAAGCAAAAGUGCAAGAGGAAUCUUGAUGAAACAGCAAAGAAGAAAAGAGAUAAGCAGCAGCAUGACAAAGAGGUUAGGGAGAAUGUGCAGCUUUCAACAGCUGAACAGGAAGUGGUAGAAGUUGAGUCACUUGUUGGAAGCUCAAAUACGCCUCGCAAGCUAGGACCCUUGGACAAAUUUGCAAGACCGAUUGAUCCCAACUUAAGCAAUGCUGAAGCUAAGAGGCAACAAAACAUAAAUGAUGCACUUUGGAAAGAGAGAACACACAAAGUGCUGCAAUAUGUUGCUAGAUGGGUGUAUACACAUGCUAUUCCAUUCAAUGCCUGUGAUAAUGAUGAGUUUAGGGAAAUGGUUGAAGCUAUUGGGCAAUUUGGUCCUGGUUUCCACCCUCCAACUCAGUAUGAUCUUCGGGGGAAAUUAUUGGAAGAGGAGCAUGCAAGAACCAAGAGCUUGCUACAAGACCGUGAAGAUGAGAAGAUUAAGCAUGGCUGCUCCAUCAUGACUGAUGCUUGGACAGAUAUGAAGAGAAGAAGUAUUAUGAACCUGUGCACAAAUACUAGUGAGGGAACAACUUUUAUCAAGUCAAAGGAGAUGUCAGAUGUGUCACACACUAGUGAAGUUAUAUAUGAGCUGGUUGAUAAGGCAAUUGAGGAUGUUGGUGCUGAAAAUGUGGUGCAAAUUGUGACAGAUAAUGCUUCUAACAACAUGGGAGCAAAGGCAUUGCUGAGCCUUAAGAGACCAAACAUAUUUUGGACUUCUUGUGCAACUCAUACUGUCAAUUUGAUGCUGCAAGGUAUUGGCAACCUUCCAAAGUUAAAGAAAACAAUUGAUCUUGCGAAAUCAUUCACUAUCUUUGUCUAUGGUCACCACCGAACUUUGGCAUGCUUAAGGUCCUUCACCUUGAAGAGAGAAAUCAUUAGGCCAGGGGUAACUAGAUUUGCUACAACCUAUCUUACAUUGCAAAGUAUGAUGGAAAAGAAAGAUUGUCUGAGAAAGAUGGUGGUUGAUUCAAAGUGGUAUGACUUACCUGAUGUGAAGUCCAAGAAGGGCAAGGAUGCUACAGCUACGGUGUUGAACAUUAAUUUUUGGAGAGAUGUGUCCCUUUGUUUGAAGGUCUUUGAGCCCUUGGUGAAAGUGCUACGCUUAUUUGAUGGGGAUGUGAAGCCAUCUAUGGGUUAUGUGUACGGAGAACUUCUCAAGGCAAAGAGGGAGAUAAAGGAGGCAUUUGGAAAUGUGGAAAAGAACUACAAAGAAGUCAUGGCUAUUGUUGACAAGAAAAUGAAGGGUAGGCUUGAUUCUCCAACUCAUGUGGCUGCAUAUAUGCUGAAUUCCUACUACAGUUAUAGCAAUGUAGCAAUAUUCUCUGAUCCAACUGUGGUUGAAAAAUUCAUGCAAUGUGUGGAAACCUUUUAUUAUGGUGAUGAUGAUAAGGAAUAUAGGACUGUUAAUGAGGACUUGGAGAAAUUCCAAAAGAGACAAGGAAACUUCUCAAAAAAGAUGGCAAAGAGCUGUGAACGCUUUGAGUUCAAUCCGGCAUCUUGGUGGAGGUUUUAUGGAGGUGGAACACCAGAUUUGCAAAGAAUGGCUAUUAGAAUCCUCUCACUGACUUCUAGCGCUUCUGGAUGUGAAAGGAAUUGGAGCACUUUUGAACAGCAUCAUACAAAGAGAAGGAAUAGGUUGACAACAGAGCGUCUCAACUCUCUAGUAUUCAUCCAAUUCAAUAAUAAAUUGAUGUCCAAGAAGGAGAAGAUCGCUAGAAAGAGUAACUAUGAAGUGCUUCUAAGUAAUGAUGCUUCUGAAGCUCAAGGAUUCUUCUUUGACGGCGGGGAUGAUCAUGCAUUGGUUGUGUUUAGAGAUGAGGAAGAUGAGGGAGAAAUGCCGGGUACCGGGAUACCAUGGAGUGUCCUUGGAGAAGCAAUGGGAACUAAUGAACAGCUCCAACCUCAUAGGAGUGCAAGAGUGGCUAGAGAGGUGGAUGAAGAGUGGGAAUCUGAAUUGGAUGAUCCUAAUUAUCAAGAUGACAUUGACUAUGAAGAUGAGGAGGAUGAAGAAGCAAUUCUAAACUCCACCACAUUUGCGGAGUAA